AUGAAGUCCGUGGAAAAGGCGAUGCGAAAGGAAAAGCUGCGGCUUCGCCUGCGUGAUGCGGAGUUUCAUGAACCGGUGGAACAGCACCAUUUGUACCUUCCUACGGACACGCACUGGCGCAUCGUGGGCGUUAUACCUGGCACGGCUGGCGCGAUGCAAAGUGCGGCGAAGUGUCCCAUUCUGGUUCAGUUUAAGUGUGUCCCCCGCAACACGGAGGAUUCGCAGGCUGCCCUGAGGAAGCGCAAGGAGGCGGCGCCCGCGGACACAGAGACUACCAUGAAGGCAUGCAUCUUCAAGAUGGGCGACGAUUGUCGACAGGAUCAAAUUGCCUUGCAGAUCAUCGGCCUGUUCGAGCGCAUUUUCAACGUCAUUCAAGUGCCCUCUUACUUGUAUCCGUACCGUGUGGUGACGACUGGAAAGGAUAGCGGUGUCAUUGAGUGCGUUCCACGUGCGAUGAGCCGAGAUCAAAUUGGGAAACUUGUGGAAAGCAACCUUGCAGAGUAUUUUGUGCAAACCUACGGCCAUCCGGAGUCUGUGACGUUUCACCGGGCCAGAGAAUGCUUCAUACGGAGCAUGGCUUCGUAUUCGGUGGCGUCGUUUGUGCUCAAUAUUAAGGAUCGCCACAAUGGCAAUCUCAUGAUUGACGCGGAUGGACACCUUGUGCACAUCGAUUUUGGUUUUUUGUUCGACCUCUCGCCGGGAGGGGACAUUAAUUUUGAGUCGUCCCCAUUCAAGCUGACGGCAGAGAUGGUGCAACUUAUGGGGUCCCCUGUGGGCCGCGGAAAGGGUACGGUGCAGAGCCACUCCUUGUCAAAGGCAUUGGUGGACCCGGAGGCGUACAAUUUGUAUAGGGAUUUAACCGUUCGCUGCUACCUUGCGGUGCGCCAGUACGCUCGUCAGAUUUGCAUACUUGUGGAGUUGAUGCUUGGCAGUGGGCUACCCAGUUUCAAGCCCCGAAGGACGAUCCAGGACCUCGCCUGGCGGCUUUCCAUGCAGAAGAGUGAAGUGGAGGCUGCCGAGUUUAUGCUCCGGCGAAUUGCGGAGUCGAGGGAAAACCUCCGAACAGUUCUUUACGACAGGUAUCAAAAUCUCGCGGAAGGAAUAGAAAUGUAG